UACACACAGCGGGACUCUCUGAAUUUCAACACGGAAGUGUGUCGCAUUUGUUCAGUGGUUGUUGUUCUGCCAUCUUAUCUAUUUAACAACAAAUAAACUUUGAAUAUGAUGCGAAAGGGUAUGUCAAUCGAGUAGAUGGCAUAUUCAAGUCACUUUACUGCUUAAGCUGAAGUCUUGUGGCACUGCAUCAGACUCCAGCCCCUGGGGAAGAUGGAGGAGCUCUACACGUUGGAGAGGGAGGUAGGACGAGGCAGCUAUGGUGUGGUCUUUGAGGGCCAUAUGGCCAAAACAGGACAGAGGGUGGCCAUCAAGCGUUUGCCCUGCAGCAACCCGGAGUGCAUUGAACUCUACCUGCAAGAGCUGUGGGCCAUGAGAGCCACUGCCAAGAACCAUGUCAAUGUCAUUGCACUCCACAGCUGCCUCCUGCAGACUGGACCAAGGAGCCUGAAGACUCUAAUACCAGGGAAACUGCCUCCACGUCUUGUCGAGAGCGUGCUGAAGGGCAGUGUAGUCGAAGCACCACAAAGCCAGGAAAAGAAUAACACUGAGCAGAGGACUAACUCUGUCUCAAGACUUCAGGACAGGACCAACACUGUUCAGGCCAGACCUAAGCACCAGACCAAGACUAAAUCAAAUGCAUCUGAUUCUACAACCCCACAAAGGCCUCAAAACAAAGCCAAGAAGAGGCCGGCCGAGAAGGAGGAAGAGCAGCCGGAGCCCCUGAGCUGCUUGGCCCUGUGGCUCGUGAUGGAGUACUGUGAUGGGGGCGACUUGAAUCAAUACCUGCUCUCCAGUCCACCAGACUCACAGCGUGACCACAGCGUGGUGCGACAGCUCUGCAGUGCUGUGGCCUUCCUGCAUAGUCUGGGCAUCACCCACAGAGACCUGAAGCCUGACAAUGUGCUGGUCUGUGUGACACCAAGAGGCCCCAUUGUGAAGGUGGCAGACUUUGGUCUGAGCAAGAUGAGUGAAGGUCUGGUGGACGGUGAGUUGACCAGCCAGCACUUCUCCUCCACCUGCGGCUCUGACUUCUACAUGGCUCCAGAGGUGUGGGGCGGACUCACCUACACAGCCCAGGCAGACAUCUUCUCCCUGGGUGUGAUGUUCUGGGCCGUCCUGGAGAGAAUCACCUUUCUGGAAGAAGGGGCCACGCAGGAACAACUGGGUGCCUACGUGUGUAAGGGUCGCUCAGGCUGGUUGAUGCCACUGGGGGAAGCUUUGUGGGAGAAUGCCGACCUCCAGCUGUGUAUCCCUAUGAAGUUUAAGAGAGCGCCCCCGCUGCCGCCCCCUCCUGGUCCAGCCAUGUGCACCCUGCUUUUAGACAUGCUCGCCUUCGACCCGGAUGCUCGGCCCCCAGCAGACCAGCUGGAGGCCAGAGUGCACUCUGCUCUGACAGAGGACUCCCAUUGACAAAGUGCACUUAAGAGACCACCACAGACACUACAUGGAAAUAUUUCCAGAGGACCCUCUGACUGCAGUGCAUACUUACAUGUGUAAGCAAUCGCCACUUUGCUGCCACAGGGGAGUGGGGAGAAGAAAUAUGUAUGAUUAUAUUGGAUUGCAGGUGCUUUUCACGUCACGGAAACACAAGCUCAAUUUCUAAACUGUGUAGGAAACCACAUAAAGGGAAGAACACAACACGCGAUGAUAUUCAAACAAGUCCAUAUAGAGAUCUGGUGGGAUUACUCGAGCUGCAUUGGAUGUGAGCGCCAUGCUGUUGCUUAGAGUGUGUACAUACGGCAGAGAUGCAGGAGAUUACUGUUCCUCUUUUUCAGGGUCUGAUGUGUUUUGAUGACUUAUCUCAGUUUAAUUUCUUGAUUAAUUUUGCCUUGAUUUGUGGACAUUGAGCCCUUUUACUUUAAAUGUAGGUAACAUUGAAGUAUUUUGUGAUUAUUUUUAUUAUCCAACCCAAAUAUUUCCACCACACAUUGAUGUAGUGUGGCUCUAACAAUUCACUGGGCUGCCAGAUGUCUUUAAUAUGUAAAGUUAGUGAGAAAUGCAUUCCAGCACAGAAGUCCACUAAUAAAUCCCUUUGUGACACUUAA